UCUCUCAUCUCUCAUCAACUCAUCGACUCCAUCUCCUUCUUCUCAGCCGCGCGCCAUGGGCGCCUUCGACCCCGUCAUCACCUUUGAGAAGGGGACGUAUGUCGAAACCGACACGGGAAACAAGGUGUCGCGCAAAGCAACAAUUCUCGGUGCGCAGAACAUUGUGUUGGCCGGCAAGAGUAUCAUCCAGACGCGAGCGAUUGUGCGAGGCGACCUGCGACGUAGCCAGGCAGGCUCGUAUGUCGUCCUUUCCAUGGGUCGCUACUGCCUCCUCGGCGAAGGCGCGGUCCUGCGCCCGCCCGGUAAGAUCUACAAGGGCGCGUUCACGUUUUAUCCCGUUCGCAUCAUGGACUACGUGCACAUUGGAGCGGACUGCAUCGUCGAAGCCGCGAGCAUCGGGAGCUGCAUUGAGAUCGGGGCCAGGAGCAUCAUCGGCAAGUUCGCCGUCAUCAAAGACUGCGCGCGCAUCCUACCCGACUCGGUGGUUGCGGACGGAACAGUCAUCCCCUCGCUGACCGUCUGGGGCGGUAACCCAGCCAAGCUCGUAGGCACACUGCCCGAGACGUUCCAGGAGACGAUAGAGGAGAAGUGCAAGAGCUACUACCGAAACUUCCGCGCGGCCGAGCCAGAGCGCCGGCGGUAG